UUCCGCCUUCACCCUGGCGACGGAGACUCUUUGCAUACUGAUUGGUGCGUCGGCCAAAUGAUACGCCUCCCUGCAAUGCUAUUGGGUAAAGUGCCUGUCAAUCUCACAGAGGCCUUAAUCCGGGUACCUGGACUCCGGGAAAUUUAAGCCUGAGCGAAGGCAUGUAUUUUAUCAUGGAUGUUGAGGGGAUUUUUAAGCAAGGAAGAUUGAAUGAAGGGCUAGGACUGGAGACUUACCGGAUCCACGUGGGAGAUGCUGCUGCUAUUUACGGAGGUCUCCGUGCUUCCUUUCGCUUUAGAAACAAUCUCUAGUAGAAAUUUCCUGAGUUUUGCGUAUUACAAGUGGAUAAAUAAUGUGCACUGCUCUGAGCCCAAAGGUACGCAGUGGACCUGGCCUUUCUGAUAUGCAUCAGUAUAGCCAGUGGCUGGCCAGCAGACAUGAAGCUAAUUUGCUGCCGAUGAAAGAAGAUCUGGCCUUGUGGUUAACCAACCUGUUAGGGAAGGAGAUUACGGCAGAGACUUUUAUGGAGAAGUUGGAUAAUGGUGCCUUGCUCUGUCAACUUGCAGAAACUGUGCAGGAGAAAUUUAAAGAGAGCAUGGAUGCUGCCAGGCCCACCAAGAAUCUACCCUUGAAGAAGAUUCCAUGCAAAGCCAGUGCACCUUCAGGCUCCUUUUUUGCCAGAGACAAUACAGCAAAUUUCUUAUCCUGGUGCCGAGAUUUAGGAGUAGAUGAAACAUGUCUAUUUGAAUCGGAAGGUUUGGUCCUCCACAAGCAACCCAGAGAAGUGUGUCUCUGUUUGCUAGAGCUUGGCCGGAUUGCAGCCAGGUAUGGUGUGGAGCCUCCUGGUUUGAUAAAAUUGGAAAAAGAGAUAGAACAAGAAGAAACACUCUCUGCCCCUUCUCCUUCACCUUCUCCUUCUUCAAAGUCUUCUGGAAAAAAGAGUACAGGAAACUUAUUGGAUGAUGCAGUGAAGCGGAUUUCUGAAGAUCCUCCUUGCAAAUGCCCAAGCAAGUUCUGCGUGGAGAGGCUCUCUCAAGGAAGAUACCGUGUGGGAGAGAAGAUCCUUUUUAUUAGGAUGCUGCACAACAAGCAUGUUAUGGUCCGCGUGGGAGGAGGAUGGGAAACUUUUGCAGGGUAUUUGUUGAAACAUGACCCCUGCCGGAUGCUGCAGAUAUCCCGUGUGGAUGGCAAGACAUCCCCCGUCCAGAGCAAAUCUCCAACCCUUAAGGACAUGAAUCCAGACAAUUACCUGGUGGUCUCUGCCAACUAUAAGGCUAAGAAGGAAAUUAAGUGAAACUAGGUGGUCACUACGAGGGGACUCUCCUAAUGGCCUGUAUCUACAUCUCCAGUAGUCAGUUUAGUUCACAUGCUCUACAAAUUACUUUGGAAAAAGACAGACAGAAAAAUGUCAUCAUGCUGAAACAUGCUCAAAGAGUAGCACUAUUUAUUUUGAAUGCUUCUGUAGAAAAUGACUUCUAAAAAGAAAAGUUCAACUUAGAUUGAAAUUAGACAAAUUGUAGGCAAAUUAUUAUUUCUCAAUAUAUGAACACAGUAUUUAGAACACAAUCUUAGCAGUACAAUUCUAGCUAAAGAUAAAAAUUAUUAGAAGAAAAUAGGAUUUACAGUAAAAUCAACAGAAAGUGCCUGCCCGAAGUCUACAGAAUAAAAGCACUCCAGACAUUUUUUUUUAAUUUACAAUUGCAGGAUUUUAAAGCUGAUUUUUAAAAAGUGACAAUUAGUGUGAUGACGUGCUACUCAAAAUAUCCCACAGCACUAUAAAGUACAGAGUAUUCACGACAGUAAUCCUUUACUGGAAAGGCCACUUUAGAAAAGUUUACAUUCACUUGGAAGAUUGCCUUAAAGUUUAUCCCUUAGCUCUGACCAAAUAUCAGGGGUACUUUUGGAAGUUUCCACAACACCCCUUAGAGAAUGGCUUAUGAGUUGUUUCACACAAUCCUAGGCACGUGGCUGUGUUGAAACUGACUGUGUAAUUCACACACGUAAGCUGACAUACAUUUAUAUUUUGACAGAGUAAACUGUACAGUCAAACGUCCGUUGACUUCAUGUUAUUUCAAAGCAUUUUCUUAUUAAAAUGUAUCUUUAGUUAACCCUACUUUGCUGUGCUGUCUAGUAAUUUUACUGUAGCUAAUGAUGUUACAGACUUAUGUAUACCCUUGUAUAUCUAGGACAGGGCUGUUUUGUACCAUAAACAGCAAGAUAUUGUCCUCACUGAUUCAAGAAUUAAAAAGAUAAAUGUUAAAAAAUUUCCCGUCUCUAUUAUCACUGCUUCAUUCUGAAAUAAAGAUCAUCUGCAAAUAGCAACUUCCCCUGGGAAUUACAGGAAGCGUUUAAUUACGGUUACUUAGUACUUCUUCACUUUGGGCAGCUGAGUGGUGGUCGUUCUUUGUUCUCUUAGCAGAAAGUGUAGAUUUUAUAAACAGUCCUUUCAGUGCUGCCCUGAAUAGACAGAGUUAAUUUGUCAUUUCUUCCUUUUUCAACAACAACAAAAUCCACCUUUCUUGCUUCAGAAAGCCAGGGAAGAAGUAGCUCUGUCACAUGAAUGAUUUAAUCAAAGCAGACACAACCUUUUUAAAACAGACUGUAAAGAAUAUGCUUGCAAUGCAGGAGACCUGGGUUUGAUCCCUGGAUCGGGAAGACCUCCUGGAGAAGGGAAUAGCUACCCACUCCAGUCUUCUUGCCUGGAGAAUCCCACAGACAGGGAGCCUGGUGGGCUACAGUCCAUGGGGUUGCAGAGAGUUGGCCACAACUGAGCACACAGACAUGGUUAGAUUGGGUCCACCUGAAUAAUCCAGUAUAAUCUCCCCAUUUUAACGUCUUUAACUGAGUCACAUCUACAAAAUACCUUUUGCUGUGUUAUGUAACAUAGUCCCAGAUUCCAGGAAUUAGGAUAGGUCCCAUCUUCUGGGGAAGGUGGAUUCUUCUGUCUACACAUCUACAAUGGUCUUUUUAAGUGGAACCAAGAACAUAGUCCCAACUGACUCUGGGGUCUAGUUGCUAGCUGAAUGGCACUGAAAAAGAAUCUGGAGAAAUGAGGCUAUAUUCAGAAGGAAAUGACUAAGUGUACAUGGCUCUUACUCAUUGCCUUCUUAGUGAAAAUCACUAGAUCCUUUUAUCAAAAUUGUCUUGGCUAUCAUAAAUCUUGCAUUUUCCACAUAAAUUUUAGAUCAGUUCAUUAAUUUCUCUGAAAGAGCUUGCUGGGGUGUUUCAUUUAUUGAUCAAUUUGAGAACACCAUCUUGACAGAACUCUCAUUCAAUCCAUGAACAUGCAAUGCUCUCACCAUUCAUAUAUUUAAAAAAAAAAUUCUCAGCAGUGUUUGUAGUUUUCUAAUUCAGAUCUUUACUAAGUAUUUUUAUCCUAUGUGAUGAUACUGUAUGAUUUACAAUGUUUUAAGAUUCAAAUUGUUCAUUGUUCUUGUAUGCUAAGUUGCUUCAGCCAUGUCUGACUCUUUAUGAACCUAUGAACUGUAGCCCGCCAGGCUCCUCUGUCCAUGGGAUUCUCUAGGCAAGAAUACUGGAGUGGGUUGCCAGCCCCUCCUCCAGGGGAAUCUUCCCUACUCAGGGAUCAAACCUGGUCUCAUUAUGUUUCCUGUAUUGCAGUGAGUUCUUUACCACUAGCACCACCUGGAAAGCCUCAAGAUUAUUCAUUACUUGUAUUAUAAAGACAGAAUUGACUUUUUCUAUACAAUGAUUUGGACUUUCCUGGUAGCUCAGCUGGUAAAGAAUCUGCCUGCAAUGCAGGAGACCCUGGUUCGAUUUCUGGGUCGGGAAGAUCCUCUGGAGAAGGAAUAGGCUAUCCACUCCAGUAUUCUUGGGCUUCCCUGGUGGCUCAGGCAGUCAAGAAUCUGCCUGCGAUGCCGGAGACCUGGGUUUGAUCCCUGGGUCAGGAAGAUCCUCUGAAGGAGGGCCUGGCAACCCACUCCAGUAUUCCUGCCUGGAGAAUCCCCAUGGACAGAGGAGCCUGGCAGGCUACAGUCCAUGGGGUUGCAAAGUAAAACACAACAGAAGUGACUCAGCAGAGGACAGAAUGACCUGCAUUUUGCUACCCCACUAAACACAUUCGUUUCAAAGUCUGCUAUAAAUGCAAAUUGAUUGUGUCAGUGGCUUUUGAGAAAAUCAGAGAAAACUGUACCACAACUCAAUCAACUUAAAGCAAAUACAUUUAUCAUGGGAAUUUGAGAUGCUUGCUUGGAGAUGUCCAAGGAAUCACCUUAAAUAUCAACUCAGAUAGGCAUGCGUGUCUACCUACCUCUUACUGAUCUGUUUAUGCAGAUAUUAUUUAAAUCUAAAACCAACAAGAGUUACCUUUUCUUCUAAGGGCACAGCACAAUUCUUAUCAGUGAAAAUAACUUGAAUUGUUGGAGAAGAAAAGGAAAAUUCAUAGCUUAUGGCCGAUUCUUUUGAAGUACCAAAGAUGAUAGCUAGAACAUUUACUUUUUAAGAAAAUACUAUAUUUUAUUAUUAAAAAUGCUGCUGCUAAGUUUAUACAUAUGUGUCCAACCAUAUAUAUCUUCCGUCUUUACUUAACGCAAAAUAAAAAACAAAAUCACAAAAUAAUAAUCCAAGAAACCAUUAAACUCUGCAUGCCAGAGUGAAGUUCAAGAAUAAAAACCUAGAAAAGCUUUUUUUAAAACUUUUUUUUCUCAUUUUUCUCUCUUUUAUAAAUAGUAAGUAUAUUUUAUUCUCAUAGAACUCUAUGAAGAUUCUAUAACUACUUUCCAUGUAGAAAUAAGAUAUCAUUUAAGGUGUAUUAAAUUGCUUUUGGUCAUAAUCCUCUAUAAAAGCUAAAGUUAUUCAUAUAACAGGAAC